AUGGGUUCUAUUUACGGGCGCCCUGACAGUGUUAAUAAGGAUUUCAGGCCAAAAGAUAGACCGAUUCAGAAUUUUCCGGACUACUUGAGAUAUGUAGCUGAGCGUUCGAAAGCCGGCUUUGACAAAGUCCACGAGGAAUUUCAUAAAAUCUUUGACGAUACAUCGUGGAAGAAAGAAAAACGACCAGACUCAAAGACACUGAUCUAUGCUACUCGUCCUGGGUUACGAGACAGACUGUCUGGAAAUUUUAAGAAAAACUUCAGGUGGACCGCAGGCAGUAGUUUACCGAAGGAAGAAUCGUUCUUAAGUUACAUUCCGGAGGAAGAUUGUUCUGACGAAAAUGAGAUCAAAGUAUCCGCAACAAUGUCUGCGUCAAUUGUAGAAAAAUCAUCGACAGUCUUUAACUUUGACGAGGAAGAACCAUUGGCAGUAGAGAAAAGCGUUAAGAUGAAACCUCCAAUCAACGCGAGAUAUAGUGCACAAGCGAAGUCAAAUGUAAUGGACCGCUGUGGUGAUACUCAUAAAAGUAAUCUGCGUCUUAACAAAGGCAUGUCCGAUCAAAUUCUUACGUUAAAUGCACAUCAUACUGUAAGUGCACCUAUGCCUUGCAAUUCAAACCAAUAUCUGAAAAUGGACGGGGUUUAUACAAAGCCAAAUAACGAGGAAGAUUACGCCUGUAUGUUUAAAGAUAGGGACUAUCAAUCUGGUGAUUUUGUUAAUGUGCAUUUUGAUUAUGAGAACAUCCCAAAUGAUUUAACAGAAAUAGACAAUAAGCCGAUAUGCGGACCAACAAAAAGUUUAUCGCCAGAUUACAUCAACAUCAAAAGCAUUCGACCAGUGCCAAAUAAGAGACCAACUGUUGCCUCACGUCCUGAGCGAACUUACGACGUCCCUCCUGCACAUAUCCGCAGUUACCUGUCUGAAAUAUUAGAUUAA